AUGCGCGAGACGGACAACAUUGGUAGAUUUUACGAAGUCGACAUUUCGUAUCCUCAUCAUCUACACGACACGCCCAACGAUAUGCCGUUCAUGCCUCACGCUAGCAUACCACACGGGUCCUCCAUGCGAAAGAUGAUGGUUACAUUUCUGCGGAAAGAACGCUACGUGGUUCAUUAUAUGAAAUUGAAACAGGCAAUGGCUCAUGGUGUCGUAGUUGAAAAAACGUACAGAGUGUUAGAAUUCCGCCAAUCGCCAUGGCUGGCCCUCAUUGUAGGGUUUUUUAAGCGAAGUGAGGUAGGGAAUAGGGUAUUAAUCGACAAACAAAAACAGCUGGGUAUUACUCAAAUAUUAAAAGUGAAACAAGAUGUCCGCACACGCUGGAAUAGCACCUUGUUCAUGUUGGAAAGACUUGUUAAACUCAAAGAACCUCUGACAAUUGCCAUUAUUUCUUUAAUCGAAGCUCCAGUUAACCUAGACCAUGAUGAAUGGAAGGUUGUUGAAGAUAUAAUAACCUUGUUAAAACCAUUUGAUAGUUUAACGGUAGAGCUCUCGGCAGAGCAAUAUCCGACCAUUUCAAAAGUGAUACCAUUGAUAAGAGGUUUACAAGGUUCAUUGGUUUCAAAAGAUCCAAAAACAAUAAUUGGACAAGCUUUAAAAACAAAUUUAAUAAAUCAAACAUCAAAACGUUUUGAUGGGUUUGAAAAACAAACGUUGACGCCAGGAUUUUCAAGAGCUACUCUGUUGGAUCCCAGGUUCAAAAAAGCUGCAUUUGGAGUAGCACAAAAUGCUAAUGAUGCUGAAAAGUAUAUCAUUUCAGAAAUUGCUGAUCUAUUAGAUGCUUCAAAUGCUGUUAAUGAACAUGCCGUUGUUAAUCUGGAAUUUGUUCCUGAACAAGUGGAUAAUGUUUGGGAAUUCCUACAAUCCAAGGUGACCACUAUCCAAUCACAAAGUACAGCAACGAGCGGUGCUACUGCCUUAAUAAGGCAAUACUUAAGUAUUCCCCAUCAAAAAUUAAAUUGUAAUAUAUUCACUUUUUGGAAUCAGCAAAAAUCUGCUUUACAUCCAAUUGGGGAUAUCGCGGAAAAAUAUGCAAUUAUUCCCGCAACCUCUGUACCAUCAGAACGGAUAUUUUCAAAGGCUGGCCAGAUCUUAUGUGCGCGGCGAAACAGGCUAUUACCAGAGAAUUUGGAUACUUUGAUUUUUUUAAGUAAAAAUAUGUAA